UUGAAGGCGGUAGUGACGAUUACACUACCAGAGCUGAACGAGAUGCGAGAGAGAUACAUGUACAACAUCACGCCGUGGACUCAGUCUGUGUCGACGGUUGCCAGACGAGGAUGGAAACUGUUCUACACUGAUGAGGACGAUGAGACAGACGAAGAUGACGAAAAAAUCGCCAUUGCCACCGCUUAUGCACUGUUCAGAUCACCUAAAAGGAAGCCAGAUGAAAGCGGUCCCCAGGCAGCCAAUAGUGCUGCCUCAAGAGAGGGAACUCUCUCUCCCAGUCGACAGGUGCACACCCUGCAGUCAGAGAGAGAGCGAGUUGUCAUGGACAUCUCCGCUCUCAAGAAGCAGUACUCCAAACUCAGAGAGAGACAACGUCAGGCUCACAUCAUACUCACAGCCGCCUGUAGCGGCCAGUCAAUUGUGGGCGUUGGUGCACCUCCCAGCACUGCAUGAAUCAUCCCUCUUGGGCAAGUCAGCCUGGUCAACAAUAAGGGCAGAAGGUUGGGGCCUCCACCGGGAGCAGUG